AUGCCGGUGUCGGACGUCCGCGCUGCGACCCUUAGUCGCGUCAUCAACCUACAAAUUGGCAGUUUAGCCGACGGCCCGCCGCGGGCGAUGGACGCGGCAGCCAUCUCGAAAAAUACAAAAGCUAUCGCCGCGAAACGCCCCGAGAAUGGGAAUGACGAGGGAAAAAAAAUAUCGCCCGACUUGCACGAAGGAAGCGAGCACGAGCGCCGGAAACCAAUCGAGUGCCAGCAGCCAAUAUGGCUCCGCGUUUACGUUUACGUUAACGCUGACUUCGCCCCGGGAAGCGCUGCGGCCCUGAAACGAAAACACGAGCCGCGAGAUUUACAGACUUCCACCGCCCGCGGCCGUGAAUGCGCGGCGCACGAAACAACUUCGUUACAACUCGACGCCGUUUCGUUUCGGGCCCGCGAUAUUAGUUUUGGCCAAAAGGCUAUUUUUCAUACCGCCGCUGGCGGCUGGAAGCCUUCGGAAGUUUUC